AUGUCGGGCCCAAUGGGUGGCCAGGCAGGCUUGGUUCGCACCAAGCCGGUUAGCAACAGGAGAAUGCCCACCCGAGGUUUCAAGAUGGGUAGCUAUGUCCGAAUCACGUACAGGUGUGCAGGAAAGCAUGGCGCUGAAGAAGACAAUGCUGACUACGAGGGAAAGCUAGUGGACAAGCGAAUUGGCGGAGAAGACAGGGAGUCGUUCAUCACUUUGAAGGAUUGCCUGGUUUUCGAUCUCACUGGGAGGUUCAUCGAAAAGCUGAAGCUUGGACCCUUGAUGCCCGUAGAUUUCGCUCAAAGCUUGUACAGACGCAACAUCGCAACCCUUCCAACGUCCAGGAAGUCAAAGAAGUUAAUUGAUGCAUACGUUCAGACGUGUGAGUAUGCGGACAAGCGCGAGAAAACGCCAGACCGUCAGGGUGCGGCGGCAGGAGGAGCGCCCCAAACAUUCUUCCCCUUUCACGAGGCCGGUGGGGUUCAACAGGCCAAAGAAGGCAACGAGCCCGCGGACGAUGACGACUCCGAUGACGAGCCGGCGUCAGGCAUGAUGCCUGGAAUGAUGCCAGGCAUGAUGGGAAGUAUGCCGAUGGGAGGAUGUAUGGGCAUGCCAAUGAUGAUGAUGCCGAUGAUGCCAGGCAUGAUGCCAGGCAUGAUGCCGGGCAUGAUGCCCGGGAUGAUGCCGGGGAUGAUGAUGUCAGGCCCUUGCACCGCAAUGCAAGGCUGCUCGCCUGGCUGUUCGUCAAUGCAGGGCAUGUCUGGUCCCAAUGCGUUAGGCUGCGGGCAGGCGCCCAUGCAAGGCAACGCACCAAUGCCAGGCACCAUGGGCAUGCUGCAAGGAAACGCGCCAGCCGGAAUGGUCGGGCCGGCCAUGUCAAUGCAGCCCGGCAGUCCGCCUUUGCCUCCCCCCAGAGCGCCUUUGGGCGGCGCGGGCUUAGGGGCGCCGCCGGCUGGAGCCGGGGUGCCUGCUUCCGCAGGCGGACCGCUUGCUUCCGAUGCACCAGGGCUUACCAGUCCUCAACAGCCGCAGGCAAACGGUGUCAGCACCACAUCAAGUGGUGUGGAAAGAGAGCGAAGUCGCAGCCGCGGCUGA